GAUGGCGGCGUCGGUGGUAGCUGCAGGUGGCGGACUGCGGCGGGCCCUUCGCAGGUCGCCCUCGUGGCGGGGCCCCAGCCGUCGGCCGCUCUCAUCCGAGCCCCCUCCAGCCCCGGCGGCGGCCGUGCGUGACGCCUUCCUGAGCUUCUUUCGGGACCGCCACGGCCACCGCCUCGUGCCGUCCGCUUCCGUGCGGCCCCGCGGCGACCCCAGCUUACUUUUCGUCAACGCCGGCAUGAACCAGUUCAAGCCAAUCUUCCUGGGCACUGUGGAUCCACGAAGUGAGAUGGCAGGCUUCCGACGUGUGGCCAACAGCCAGAAAUGUGUGAGGGCUGGAGGACGCCACAACGACCUAGAGGAUGUGGGCCGAGACCUUUCUCACCAUACCUUCUUUGAGAUGCUUGGCAAUUGGGCAUUUGGGGGUGAAUAUUUUAAGGAGGAGGCUUGCAGCAUGGCCUGGGAACUGCUGACUCGGGUGUAUGGGAUCCCCAAGGACAGGCUAUGGGUCUCCUACUUUGGUGGUGACCCCAAGGCAGGGCUGGACCCAGACCUGGAGAGCAGGGACAUCUGGCUCAGCUUAGGGGUACCUGCCAGCCGUGUGCUUUCCUUUGGGCCACAGGAGAACUUCUGGGAGAUGGGGGAUACUGGCCCUUGUGGGCCCUGUACUGAGAUCCACUAUGACCUGGCUGGUGGGGUAGGAGCCCCCCAGCUAGUGGAGCUUUGGAAUCUGGUCUUCAUGCAGCACAACAGAGAGGCAAAUGGAAGUCUGCAGCCCCUGCCCCAGCGGCACGUGGACACGGGAAUGGGCCUGGAAAGGCUGGUAGCUGUGCUACAAGGCAGACGCUCCACCUACGACACGGACCUCUUUUCCCCGCUGCUCAGUGCUAUACACCAGGGUUGUGGGGCACCCCCUUACUUGGGCCGGGUAGGGGCAGCAGAUGAAGGCCGCACAGAUAUGGCAUACCGUGUGGUGGCUGAUCACAUUCGCACACUCAGUGUCUGCAUCGCUGAUGGCGUCUCCCCUGGAAUGUCAGGCGCCCCGCUGGUUCUUCGUCGGAUCCUUCGUCGAGCCGUGCGGUUCUCUACAGAGGUGUUGCGGGCACCACCUGGCUUCCUUGGCAGCCUGGUACCGAUAGUGGUGGAGAUACUGGGAGACACUUACCCAGAACUGCAGAAGAACUCAGCCCAGAUCGCUAACCUGGUGUCGGAGGACGAGGCAGCCUUCCUGGCCUCCCUGCAGCGGGGUCGGCGGAUCAUCGAUCGGACUCUGAGGCGCCUGGGACCUUCUGAUGUGUUCCCUGCCGAAGUGGCCUGGUCCUUGUCAAUGUCUGGGGACCUGGGGCUCCCCUUGGACCUAGUAGAGCUGAUGCUGGAGGAGAAAGGGGUGCAGCUGGACUCUGCUGGGCUGGCACGGCUGGCCCAGGAGGAGGCCCAGCACCGGGCCCAGCAGGCUGAGCCAGUUGAGGAGCAGGGACUGAGGCUUGACAUCCAUGCGCUGGGGGAGCUACAGCGCCGAGGACUACCCCCAACUGAUGACACCCCCAAGUACAACUACUGCCUUCAACCCAGCGGGGGUUAUGAGUUUGGCACCUGUGAGGCCCAGGUGCUCCAGCUGUACACAGAGGACGGAACAGCCGUUGCCUCCGUGGGGAAAGGCCAGCGCUGUGGCCUCCUCUUAGACAGAACCAACUUCUAUGCUGAACAGGGAGGUCAGGCUUCAGACCGAGGCUACCUGGUGCGGGUGGGGCAGCAGGAUGUGCUGUUCCCAGUGGCUCGGGCCCAUGCCUGUGGAGGCUUCAUCCUACAUGAGGCUGUGGCCCCUGAGUGCCUGAAGGUGGGGGACCGGGUGCAGCUGCAUGUGGAUAAGGCCUGGCGUCUGGGCUGCAUGGAGAAGCACACGGCCAUCCACCUGCUAAACUGGGCACUGCGGCAGGCCCUGGGCCCUGGCACAGAACAGCGAGGCUCCCAUCUCAAUCCCGAGCGGCUACGUUUUGACGUGGCCACCCAGGCCCCGUUGACCCCAGAGCAGCUCCGGGCAGUGGAGAGCACUGUGCAGGAGGUCGUGAGGCAGGAUGAGGCUGUGUACAUGGAGGAGGUAGCCCUGGCACGCACUGCCCAUGUCCCUGGUCUGCGCUGUCUGGAUGAGGUGUACCCAGAUCCGGUGCGGGUUGUGUCAGUGGGAGUGCCUGUGGCCCAUGCACUGGACCCAGCCUCUCAAGCUGCACUGCAGACUUCUGUGGAGCUGUGCUGUGGGACGCACUUGCUGCGCACGGGGGCUGUAGGGGACCUGGUCAUCAUUGGAGAGCGCCAACUCACCAAGGGCAUCACCCGUCUGCUGGCCAUCACUGGGGAGCAGGCCCAGCAGGCCCGAGAAGUGGGCCAGAGCCUGGCCCAGGAGGUGGAAGCAGCUGCAGAGCGGCUGAAUCGGGGCAGCCAGGAUGCGGUGGAGACUCAGCGGCUGUCCAAGGACAUGGGAAAACUCAUUGAUGCCGUGGACACCACUGUGAUACCCCAGUGGCAACGGCGGGAGCUGCAGGCCACACUGAAGGCACUGCAGCGGCGUGCCAACACUGCUAUUCGGAAGUUGGAAAUAAGGCAGGCUGCACAGAAAUCACAGGAGCUGCUGCAGCGGCACUCAGAGGGACCCCUGAUUGUGGACACAGUUUCCACUGAGUCCCUCUCAGUGCUGGUGAAGGUGGUCCGGCAGCUGUGUGAGCAGGUGCCCAGCACGUCCGUGCUGCUACUCAGCCCCCAGCCCCUGGGGCAUGUGCUGUGUGCCUGUCAGGUGGCCCAGAGUGCCACACCAGCUUUCACAGCAGAGGCCUGGGCGCUGGCUGUGUGCAGCCAUAUGGGGGGCAAGGCCUGGGGCUCCCGAGUGGUGGCCCAGGGCACUGGAAACACUACUGAUUUGGAAGCUGCCCUCAGUACAGCCCGAGCCUAUGCCCUCAACCAGCUCUGACCCAGGGACUCACAUAGACUAAAGAGACUAACAGUUACUGGUCAGUUGCUGAAUGUUGCAAGAACCAAACAGACAAAACUUCCUGAAGGAGCCCUGAAGGAACCAACAGAACCUCCCUGGAGGCUGAAGCAGAGGACUAGACGCUGGAGGCCCAGCAGCUGAGCUGAAGAGGGCCACCCUGGGCUGGGUCCUGCGUGGACACAGAGAAGUGGGCCCAGAGACACACCCACUAGGUGAAUGUGGAAACAUGGGCUGUCCUGGCUGUGACUGCUCAUUAAAAAGUAUUUCCCAGAGGAGAGGAAGUUCCAGAAGGUUUUUUUGCUUAAAAAGAGCAGACUUUCCCAUCCUGGCAUGGGUGCCCCAUCACCAAUCUGAGUCCUCACACUGGGCUGAAAGACCACCCAGUAUCCACAUCAAGGCCAUCGUCAUUGCCACAAUGCUCGGUCAGGCUCUCUCGGUCAGCCUGUCCAGAAAGGCCUCCCUGGCCACCAGGAUCCAGAACUGUCACGUGAAAGUCGCUAUAGCAGGGCAGAUUCUCUCUGUGUCACUUAGUUCUUAAACAAUAGCUUGUCUUACUGAAGGCCCUGGUGAUUUGAUGAUAAAAUGAGUAGCAGGUACUGGUCAGCUCCUGAGAAUAUAGUGAGAACCAAACGGACAAAACUUCCUGUCUUUGUGGAGCUUACUGCUAAUGGGAAACGGGCAAUAAAGAGAAAGAAGAGGG